ACGGCCCGCCUCCCAUUCGCUGCUCGUGAGAAAACGCCCGAUACGGAGUGAAAGUGAAUGUAGGGAAGAUUAACAAGAUCCGCAACGGUUCCGGUGCAUUUUUGCGUCUUUCGGCGUUCUUUUUUUACCCCUAACAAACUCACUGUGAGUCAAUCGAGUGAGACAUGGCCAGAAUACUGCACCUCACCCCCGUUCUCUUGCUGAGUGUGGUCUGGCUUGGAGCUGCUUCUGUCGCGGGCAGCGAUGUGCUCGAGCUGUCGGACUCGGACUUCGAUUACACCGCGGCUGAGCACGAGACCAUGCUUGUGGAGUUCUUUGCCCCCUGGUGCGGUCACUGUCAAAAACUAGCUCCCGAAUAUGAAAGCGCUGCUACAAAACUGAAGGGGACCGUGCCCUUAGCCAAGGUGGACUGCACCGCGAACUCGGAGACGUGCGGGCGUUUCGGGGUUAAUGGGUACCCCACGCUUAAAAUCUUCCGGAACGGGGAAGAGGCUGCGUCCUACGACGGUCCUCGCUCUGCAGAUGGCAUUGUGAGCUACAUGAAGAAGCAGGCUGGGCCCAGCUCUGUCCCGCUGCGCAGUGAGGAAGACUUGGACUCCUUCAUCAACCACUUUGACGCCAGCGUGGUGGGGUUCUUCUCGGGAGACGGCAGCGAGCAGCUGGCGGAGUUCCAGAAGGCGGCCGGCGCCAUGCGGGACAGCUUCCGCUUCGCUCACGCCACGGACCUGGGGCUGGGUGCCAACCACGGCCUGGAGUCCGAGAGCGUGCUGUUGUUUCGCCCGCCGCGCCUCAACAGCAAGUUUGAGGAGGGCGUGGUCAAGUUCAGCGAGGCCAUCUCUACAUCCGCUCUCCGCCGGUUCAUCAAGGAUAACAUCUUUGGGAUGUGCCCCCACCUGACCCCUGAAAACAGAGACAGAAUGAAGGGGCGGGACUUGCUGAUUGCCUACUAUGACGUGGACUACGUGCGCAACCCCAAGGGCUCCAACUAUUGGAGGAACAGGGUGAUGAAGGUGGCGACGCAGUUCCAGUCGCAGGGCCUGAGCUACGCGGUGGCCGACCGGCGGGAGUUCCAGGAGGAGCUGGAGGACGAGUUCGGCCUGGCGCUGUCGGACGGGGGGGAGCUCCCCGUCGUCACCGUCCGCACCCGGGAGGGGCACAAGUACACCAUGAGGGAGGAGUUCACGCGAGACGGUAAGGCUCUGGAGAGGUUUCUGGAGGAUUACUUUGCCGGGCGGCUGAAGCGCUAUCUCAAGUCGGAGCCCGUUCCCGAGGGCAACAGCGGGCCAGUCAAGGUGGUGGUGGCAGAGACGUUUGAGGAGGUUGUGAACGACCCGGAGAAGGACGUCCUCAUCGAGUUCUACGCCCCCUGGUGUGGCCACUGCAAAAACCUGGAGCCCAAGUACACCGAGCUGGGGGAGCAGCUGUCCGGUGACCCCAACGUCAUCAUCGCCAAGAUGGACGCCACAGCUAACGAUGUUCCGACUGGCUACGACGUGCAGGGAUUCCCCACCAUCUACUUUGCCCCUGCUGGGAAGAAGGACACGCCCAAGCGCUAUGAGGGUGCCCGUGAAGUAAAGGACUUCCUCAACUUCCUGAAGAAAGAGGCGACAAACAGCCUGGUCCUGAGUGGCGGCAGAGAGGACCUGUGAGGCGAAUGGGCGGGAGGAGGGAGGAGAGGACAGGUGGAUGAUGGGAAAUGUAGUCAAUGGUUCUGAGACUGAGGGGGGGUGGGGGUUUGGCAGCCCUAUUAUUACAGAGUCAGAGCCCCACCCCCCUUCCCCCCACCACCACCCCCCCACCAAAUCACCAACAUCAGUCACCCUGGACUCACAAAUUCUCUUUCCUGACCACCGUCUGGAAAGUACGAAACUCCCAACAGAUCUGACUCUCCAGGUCCAGCGACACUCACCCUUAAUAAGAGCGAGAGAGCAAGAGAGCGAGAGAGAGAGAGAAUAUCUGUCUUGGAUAUCUCAGCCUCCUCACUUUACAGUGCAUCAGUUUCAACCUUGUCAAAAUUGAAUCUGUCUUUAAACCUGCUUGCAGUUGGAGGUAAGAAGAAUGGAGCGUGGUACCAGCAGGCAGGUGUGUAAAGUUGCUUUCCCCGCCCUCCAAGCUGACUGCAUAUGUAAGCACUUUUAUACAUCGAUUGUUAGGGUUACCAAGAAAGGCACUUCUUCCUUAAGUAAUAAUGGUUUCAUUUUUUAUUUGUUCACCCCACCUCAUUUGAACGCACUGUGGGCACUGAAGAUUGUGUGUUUUAUAUAGCUGACCAAUAACGAGGAUGAAAUGUGAAAAAUAUGCAAAUGAAAAUACAAAUAUGACAAAAUGUAUCAGCUUGGGACAAUGCCAUUAUUCAAACUGCUUUGCGUAAUGCUACAAAUCCACGUUAGUCUCGGCUUCUUCCAGCUCAGUGCUUGACUUGGCAUCGCUUGCAACGCUAUCCAGGCGCUCUACGGACAUAGCUUCAGUUUCUCUUCUUUCUGUUUUGUAUGUUGGUUACUGUUCAUAGACAGGCCUGUCCAGCAGCAGGCUGAAGAACAAGGCUUAGAAACAGGAACAUGGUGAACAUUUUGUGAAAAGGAUACAGACUCCCUGUGAACUAAAUGGUAUUAAAAGCAAGAGCCCAUUUUAAUCUGAAUUUUUUAUUUUUUAUUGCAUGUAACGAAAGGUAUUUGCGUUGACGCGUAUGCAGUUUUUUGAAGAGGCGUCCAAAGGAGCAGAAUUAAGAUGCAAAUAAUAAUAAUAAUAAUAAUAAUAAUAAUAAUAAUAAUGUGGAAGAGGUUGUGCAGAUAACCAAGUGAAUGGUAAUGUAAAGUUGUGGAUGCGCAGUCCAGUCACCUCCCCUUCUCUUUUCUGUCUCUCUCUCUCUUUCUCCCUCUUUCUCCUUCUGCUUGUCGCUAACCCUUCACACUAUUUCCCCAGUCUCUUUAAAUAUUUAAAUGUGCCUCUCUCCCUCCCUCCUCUGCAGCCACAAUCGCUGUUUUCUGGCCAUCAGCACCCUGUGUAGGCAGCUAUUAAGAGUGGAGCCAUUUUUCGGCAUUGUCAUUUUUUCUGUUUUUUUUAAAAUAUUUUAUUAUUUAUUUAUUUUUAGAAAGAUGGUAGCACCGAUAUCAGGUAAUAAUGUUUAAUGGGCAAAAUCCACUGGAAGCAAUGAACGCCCCCUUUUGACUGCACAGUUGGUGCACUGAAUAUUUCC